AUGGCUACACCAAAUAAUCCACCAGGUCAACGCCCUCCCAUGUUUCGGCCGGGAAUCCCUUCACCUCAACAACAGCAACAGCCAUUCAAACCUAUGUUCAAUAACAGACCUCCCCCUCCUUAUCUUGCCCAAAGUCCUGGCAAUAUACUAGCUGCUACUGGCCGUCCCCCACCUCCAUUCGUAAAUCAACAACCUGCUGUUAGACCGGGAUUCUCGCCUUAUAGACCACCAGCCCAACCUAUCGCUCAACCUUCUCCUCCACAACAACAGCAACAAGUACAGCCUCAACCAAUGUAUCCCUCUCAACAGUCUCCUCUGCCUCCUCAAUCAGUAUCGCCACAACAUAGCAAUCAAAUGUCAACGGAAUCACCUUCAAUAGGAAACGCUGCUCCUCUUGAAGCUCAAAUGUCAAACAUGCAGAUACAUAGCAGACCAUCUGGUAGAGCUAAGCGAGUUUAUGCACAGGUGCCUAGUAUACCUGUAUCUAACACGCAACAGAAUUUACCAGCCCCACCACAACAGCAACAACAGCUGCAAUAUCAACAACCACAACCACAAAAUGCAUUACCACAGCCUAUGGGCCAGCAACAACCCAUGGGCCAGUUACCUCAACAGCCACUGCAGCAGCCACAACAGCAACAAAGGGCUGUCAACACGCCUCUUGGUCUACCACAUCGCUCUGGAGCCAAACCUCGCAUUGAUCCCAACCAGAUCCCAUCACCUGUACAGAUCCAAACCAAAGACAUGGCUAAAUACGAGACUCCCGACGCCUAUUACGGUACCUGUGAUCUUCAGGAGCCUUUGCCUCUAGCCAGUACCCAUUUUCGCAGCUUGGAUCAAGGCAAUUGCAAUCCUCAUUUUAUGCGAUCCACUCUACAAACCGUCCCUGCCACUGCUGAUUUGAUGCGAGAUACUGGAUUGCCUUUUGGCCUCGUAUUACAACCGCUGGCUCAACUGCAUCCAGAUGACACAGCCUUACUCGUCGUUCCUCUGGCUGCUCGAUGCUCUCGUUGCAAAGCCUACAUCAAUCCAUGGUGCAAGUUUACACAGGGCGGUCAGAAAUUUGUGUGCAACUUGUGUGAGUAUGAGAAUACAGUGGCACCAGAGGAUGUGUGUCCUUGUGAUAUCAGUGGUAGACGCAUGGAUGCUGAACAACGACCCGAGUUCAUGUUGGGAUCCAUUGAAUAUGACGCUCCUGAAGAGUAUUGGCAGGAUAUAGAACCAAAGCCUUUGCAUUGGCUGGUUGCGAUUGAUGUGUCUAGACGAGCCAUGGAGAGACCUGUGUUGGGGACAUUGGUGCAAAUACUCAAACACAUGCUUGCUUCUGGAUUUCCGCCUUCUAUCAAAAUUGGUAUCAUGACGUUUGAUACAUCCGUUCAUUUCUGGAACUUGAAGGGCGAACAAGCUACCAUGAUGGUGGUCUCGGAUAUCGAUGAUGUCUUUGUCCCCAUGUCUGCACAAGAUAUGUUUGUAGAUCCCACCGAAUCAAGAGCUGCUAUUGAGAGUCUGCUGGAGCAAUUGCCUGCCUUGUUCCAUAAUGAGCACAAUCUCAUGCCUCAUGCUGUGUUUGCUUCUGCUGUUCAAGCGGCUGCCUUGGCCCUCAAGACUACUGGUGGUAAAGUUACAGUAUUCCAAUCCUCAUUACCUUCCUUGGGCCCUGGUGUGCUCAAGAACCGAGACGAUCCAAAAAUAUAUGGCCAGGAACGAGAAAAGGGCUUGUUCCAACCUCAGGAUACCUUUUAUACGCAGUUAGGUGCCUCUUGUGUUCAAGCAGGUGUCUCCAUUGAUCUCUGGCUUAUCCCUGCACUGUCUACUCCCUACAUGGAUGUUGCCACCAUAGGCGUUCUCUCUGCUCUGACAGGUGGCGAUACACACUACUUGCCAGACUUUGAUGCCCAGCUUCACAGUGUACAAUUCAUGCAUGAUUUCAAGCAUGCCAUCUAUCGUGAGCAGGGUUAUCGAGCUGCUCUGCGUGUACGUUGCUCCAACGGGCUGUCUGUGGAAGAUCACUAUGGCAAUUUCAACAUGAGUAAUGCUACUGAUCUUGAGUUGGCCAACAUCAAUGCGGAUACGACGGUGGGUGUCGCAUUGAAACAUGAUGGCAAAUUACCGGAGAAUAAGCCUGUCUACUUUCAGUGUGCACUGCUCUAUACCACUGCUCAAGGUCAACGUCGCGUGCGUGUUCACAAUCUAAGCUUGAAUGUGGGUGUUACAGCGAACCCCGUCUUCAAACUAGCAGACUUGGAUACUUCACUCAAUUUCAUCAUCAAGCGCAACAUUACACUGACAGCCAAGAAAUCACUGACCGACCUCUCUUACGACAUGGAUCAGUUGGCUGUUAAGAUCUUGACAUCGUAUCGAAAAUACUGUGCUUCAGGUGCUUCUGCUGCUCAGCUCAUUUUGCCUGAAUCCUACAAGAAUUUGCCACUGCUGUUCUCUUCCAUGAAGAAGUCUGCCAUCAUGAGAAAAGAUCCAACCUUGAAUGUCGAUACCCGCGUGUAUUUCUUUAGAAAGAUCAAGGCAUUAAGUAUUUCAGGCACCAUCCAAUUUUUAUAUCCCAAGUGUGUCAAGUUACACACGUGGUUCGAGGAGCAGGGCCCGUUACCGUUGGAGCGACUCUCUUACGAUAGAUUUGAUCCAGCCGGUAUUUACUGGGUUCAGAGCCAUAGCGCACUGUUUGUGUGGAUUGGAGCCAACGCAUCUCCUCAGCUGGUAGAAGGCAUGUUUGGCACAUCCAAUAGAAAUGAAAUUAACCCACUGAUGGAGCAAUUGCCUGUCAUUGAAAAUUCCACGAUCAACAACCAACUGCGACAAAUCUACUAUGCAAGUACAAACGACAUUCCCUAUUUGCCACGAUUGCAAGUGAUCCGACAUGGCAUGGAUUUGGAGGUGGAGUUAUCCAAAGUGCUGGUGGAAGAUGAGACGUUUAAUCAAAUGAGCUAUGUUGAUUACUUGUGCAUGAUCCAUAAACAAAUCCAAACAGAGCUGGAGAGAGAGAAACAGGAUACUGUGAUUUCCUCUGCUUCUUACUGGGCCCAUAGAUAUUAG